UCAAAGAAAACAUUGGGUAGCUUUCAAACUGUCAACUCGCAUUGCUUCCGUCGAAACAUCGACUAAUGCUGCAUCCAUCAGCAUCGACAUCCCAUUGUUUUCUGCGCCUUCAGGGCAAUAAGGUACACCGUUGCUUCCCGCCGGCCCCAAAUUCCGUGUUACUUCCGGCCGUAGACCUCUGCCGUCGUUGGCCAUGGACGCCUCCGAGUCCGAGUCCUCGCCUCUGCAUGUCGUCAUCUUCCCGUGGCUCGCCAUGGGCCACCUGCUGCCCUGCCUCGAGCUCGCCGAGCGCCUGGCCGCACGGGGCCACCGCGUGUCCUUCGUCUCCACGCCGCGCAACCUCGCCCGCCUCCCGCCGGUCCGUCCCGCGCUGGCGUCGCUCGUCCACCUCGUCGCGCUGCCGCUCCCGCGCGUCGCCGGCCUCCCGGACGGCGCCGAGUCCACCAGCGACGUCCCGCCCGACAAGUUCCACCUCCAUAGGGUGGCGUUCGACGGCCUCGCCGCACCGUUCACGGCCUUCCUCGAUGCCGCUUGCGCCGGCGGCAGGAGGCCCGACUGGGUCGUGGCCGACUUCGUGCACCACUGGGUCGCCGCUGUGGCCCAAGCCCGCAAGGUGCCGUGCGCCAUGCUUCUCCCGUGCGCUGCUGGCGUCGCGGCCUUGUCCGGCCCGCCGCCGGAGUCCCGAGCGGAGGAACAUCAAGCGGUCUCCAGGUCCAUGGACGCAGCGCCGAGGUUCGAGGCUGAGCUGACCACGGAGGAGUUCGCCGCAGAAGACGCCUCGGGGUUGUCCAUCAUGGGCCGCUUCUUUAUGACGUUGAAGAGGUCCAAGCUCGUCGCCCUUCGGAGCAGCCCAGAACUGGAGCCCGACGCGUUCCCGCUCCUGACGAGGCUCUACGGCAAGCCGGCCGUCCCGCUCGGCCUGCUUCCGCCGCCGCCCAACGGAGACCGCAGCGCCAGCGAGAACUCCGAGGACGUUGCGAUCAUUCAGUGGCUCGACGCGCGGCCGGCCAAGUCGGUGGUCUACGUGGCGUUGGGAAGCGAGGCGCCGUUGCGCGCCGAGCUGCUCCGCGAGCUGGCCCACGGGCUGGAGCUCUCCGGAACGCGCUUCCUCUGGGUCCUAAGGAAUCCCGUCAACGGCGACGCGGACACCAUCCUACCAGACGGCUUCAUGGAGCGCACCGCCGAGCGUGGGCUUGUGGCGGUGCGGUGGGUUCCUCAGGUGAGCAUACUGGCGCACGGCGCGGUGGGCGCGUUCUUGACGCACUGCGGGUGGGGUUCGGUCGUGGAGGGGCUCCAGUUCGGGCACCCCCUGAUCAUGCUGCCGCUCGCCGGUGACCAGGGCCCCAACGCGCGGCUCAUGGAGGAGAGGAAGGUCGGGGUGCUGGUGCCGAGAGACGAGAAGGAUGGGUCGUUUACCCGGGACGGCGUCGCCGGAGCUGUUCGGGCCGUUGUUGUGGAGGAGGGGGGAAGGGUGUUCGCGGACAAUGCCAAGAGGCUGCAAGGCAUCGUGGCGAGCGUGGAGUGCAACGAGAGGUGCAUCGACUUGUUUGUUCAGCACUUACGAUCUUGUAGGAACUAGGGAGGGUAAGAAUUUUUUUGAGCUAUCUACUACCUCUGUACUGAAGUACUUCUAGUUGGGAGGAACUUCGAAAAUUCGUUGGCGUGGACGAGCUCGCCUGCUCGCGUUAUCUGCAAGCGUCGGUCCUCGUCGGGAUAUGGAACGCACGCUGUAUUGCAGCUCGUAGACGACGACUCAUUUAAUGAGUGACGCGGACGGGAAGAGAAAGUUUGUACGGUGCGGGUGACGGACGUUGAGGCGCUAGGCGGCCGUUUUCAUCAUGUAGCAAUGUGUAUCCCUGCUAGACUGAAUUCUGCUAGACUGAAUUCCGCUCGGGUCGACCUACCUACUCCAUUAAACUCCCCAUCUAUCAUCGACGGCGGCUCAGUCUAUAAUAGUCCAUCCCCAAAUCGAAGGAACGAACCCUAGUUGCACACUGUUCUUAAUAGACCCCCAAAUCGGAGCAAGGAACAGCAGCCACUAAACCCUAGUUUUUGCAUAGAUUUCUUCAGAUUUGUUCAACAUCACUUGUCUGAACCCUCUUCGCCGGUCAACGACAGCCGUCAGGUGGUGGAUGCGAUUUCUACAAGUAGCAAGCGUACGCCGACUACCUCGCGUCGCCGUGUCCAGCCGCACCCCCAUUGGCGCAAAUCGAGCCAGGAUAAGAGCAAGGCGGCCAAGCUUUGGGAGUUCAAGAUCUACAGGUGCCACACGCACCACACCACAGGGCAGCAGAACGGCAUGCCGGGGGCACCCAGUUCGUUUCUUCAGUCAGCGCCGCUGCAGGAUACAUGCUCGCCGCGCUUCCAGCUGCUGGGCGCCAGGGAACCAUUGGCGUUGACGCUGCAUCCAUCAAUCUGGUGGUCUCCGAGGCCAACCUUGUCACUUGGGUGCAAAAGUGCUUGGGUGGCAAUCCUUGUGUUGGUUGUGGUCAUGCACGUGCGU